UGGAGGCGCGAUAUGAAAGAUUGGACUUCGUGGCACGUGCGGCAUUAAAGCUUAUUAUGAAAUUCAGCGCACGUGCUUGGUUAGACGGAAACCGAGCCGAUUUAUUGCUGGACGCGAAUCCUUGGUGCUUCACAGCAGCACCAAGGAUCGUCUUCGGGUGAUAACGCUGCGCGAAGUGGGCGGAUUUUAGGACCCGCGGGUGGAUUCCUGUUCGAAUAAUAAAAGUUGUGGGGAUCCGUUCGCUUGCCGACGCGAGACAAAAGCAGCCGGACUCCAUCAGAAAGUGCUCGUGGGUCACCCCCGCCCUCCCCGCCGGUGCCGUUCCGAACCUCUCCGCUGCGGCGGUGCAGCAACCAGACAAAGCCGAGCGUAGCGAUCCCUCCGCCUGCUUCACUCAUACAUGUAAACAGACGCAGGGAAAGGGGGCGCGCAGGCUGCCGUGUCCGUGUUUUCCGGCAGAGAGGGCGUGAAGCAUGGGACGCAGCUCCUGUCGGGAGCCGAUCCUGCCACACACCUAGAGCUCCGAAGCCCGUCGGAUCAUCCGCUGCCCAGCUCGGCUGUGAGGAGAGGCGCGGAGCAUCCUAACGGGACAUCCCUCCGGAUCCCCUCCGGUGGAGAGCUUCCAGGAUCCCGUUUGGAGGGGUUCAGCUGAGGACCGCAGGCUGGCCCAGGUCACAUUGAUGCUGCUGGGUGCUUCUUGGUACACGAUCACCCCCCUCUGGACGCCAUGGCGAUGAGCAGUGACCCGGGCUGCGAGAGGCUGGACCCCAACUCCUCCAAACAGACGAGCAGUCUCACCGACAUCAUGGCCGCCAUGACGAUGAAAGACCCCGAAGGCUCGUCUGCCAACGGCGUGAAGAACGGAAAGGCUCAGCAGGAGGGCAUUCAAGGCAAGAGGGUCCAGGUGCUGCGACCUCACCUGUCCGGCAGGAAGCUGUCCCUUCAGGAGAGGGGCACCUAUCUGUCGGCGGGGUCAGAGGGAGGUUACACACACAUCUCCCCUCGAGGGGCUCGCAGGCCCACGGUGGAGUCGAAACGGGUGUCCAUAUCAGACUCUCAGGAUUGUAUCCAGCUGAACCAGUAUAAACUGAAGAGUGAGAUUGGAAAGGGCUCCUAUGGCGUGGUCAAGCUCGCCUACAACGAAGAUGACGACAAACAUUAUGCCAUGAAGGUGUUGUCCAAGAAGAGGUUAAUGAAGCAGUGUGGUUUUCCACGUCGCCCUCCCCCAAGAGGACCCAAGGCAGCCCAAGGAGAGCAGCCUAAAGUCUUAGGACCCUUGGAAAGAGUUUACCAAGAGAUUGCCAUUCUUAAAAAACUAGACCAUGUCAACAUUGUCAAGCUGGUGGAGGUGCUUGAUGAUCCAUCGGAGGACAACCUCUACAUGGUGUUUGAGCUGAUGCGUAAGGGUCCAGUGAUGGAGGUGCCAACAGAAACUCCUUUCUCAGAGGAGCAAGCACGGCAAUACUUCAGAGACAUCAUCCUGGGCAUUGAGUACCUGCACUACCAGAAGAUCGUCCACCGGGACAUCAAGCCGUCCAACUUGUUACUAGGAGACGACGGCCAUGUGAAGAUAGCUGACUUCGGAGUGAGCAACCAGUUCGAGGGCAACGAUGCUCUGCUGUCGAGCACUGCAGGGACUCCUGCUUUUAUGGCGCCAGAGACUCUGUCAGAGAAGUGCAAGAGCUUCAGUGGGAAAGCGCUGGACGUGUGGGCCAUGGGAAUCACCCUGUACUGCUUCGUGUUUGGGAAGUGCCCAUUUAUUGACGAGUACAUAUUGGCUUUGCACAAUAAGAUAAAGACCAAGCCUGUGGAUUUUCCUGAAACACCAAACAUCUGCGAAGAGCUGCGGACGUUAAUCUUGCGGAUGCUGGACAAGAACCCGGACACCAGAAUGACCAUUCCUGAGCUCAAGAUGGACCAGUGGGUGACCCAGGGAGGCACUGACCCUCUGCCUUUGGAGGAGGAGCACUGCUCCAUGGUGGAGGUAACGGAGGAGGACAUCCAGAACUCUGUGAAGUUUGUCCCCAGCCUCUCCGCUGUGAUCUUGGUGAAAGCGAUGUUGAGGAAGCGCUCGUUCAGCAACCCCUUUGAGUGCCCGAGCAGGCGAGAGGAGAGAUCCAUGUCUGCACCUGGCAGCCUGCUCAUGGACUCGUGGCCCUUCAGGCCCUCUUUAAAACUGCACCCUUCACGCAGAAAGAGCAGCGCGGGGGACGGGCCCAGAGAAGGAGAGCUGGAGGACCUCCACGAAGACGAGCCUUUCUCUUGAGGCGCGACGGGAAGCCGAGCUUUCUGCUUUGACCACUGUGCGCUCCACGCCUUCACCCAGCUCCAAUCAGUGCCACAGUAAACCGUGUAAAUAAAUGGAUCUAUAAAUGUGAAAUAUCGCUCGCAGAUGCUAACGCUAACUUGGCUUGAUUUUAGAAAAUUCUUCAUUUUCUUCUGUUCAUUCUGGAUUUCUGAGCUCAACAGCUUACAGGUGACACCGCUGACCCAGUGAGAACAGCUUUUUUCUCACUGGGUCCACUUGGUUUGCACACUAAAGUAAAAAAAAAAAAAAAAAAAGGAAAUCUUUCUUUAUUUCCAUGCAUGCUCAUUAUCAGAUCAUCUACAGGAUCUACUCAACAGUUUCUCUCUGACUAGCAUGUUAACCAUACUGGUUCGUCUCUUCAGUGAACUACAGGGCUUCUGACUGCUGAUCAGUCUUUUUAAUUUUAGAGCCUGAUUCCUUGUUCCUGUCGCAGCCCUUUUUUUUCUCACACCGGUGCCGUCGGUAACGUUUACAAGGAAGGCAGUGUGAAAAGCCUCCGUUCUGCCUUCAUGGACCAGCUCUACAACGUCGAGCAGAAAGGACGUUGGCUUUGCUAUGCAUGCACACAUUUUGAAUGGCACUGCCCCCUGCUGUCUGACAUCAAGUGACUCCAGUGUUGGCAGGUUAGUUCACGCUUCUGCUCCUACUCUGCGAUUAUCACUGCUGUCAAACACAAUCUCUGCUUUUAAUGUAAAUAACAGAGAGGACUUUUAAAAUGCGGCAUUCUGAACGGUGGAUAGAAACGCAGACGAGAACUCCUGGAGUGUUAUCAAAACUGUAAAUAUAUGAUACAUACAUAUAUGGAAAUUUGUUUGCGUUUUUGCUCAGGAUUUUUUUUUUCCACUGGACAUUCAGUGAAGGGCAUUUUUUGUUUAACGUUAAUUAAAAAAAAAGGGAAGCAAGUCACCUUCAGGUUCAACAGUUUGUAUGCAAAUGGUUAAACGUGUGCCAGUUCAUUAAGAUUCUUUUUUGUAUUUGCUAAGAAAAAAAGAAAAACAAAAAAAUUAUCUGUACAUGCAUCACCAGAUCAUUCUGAGGUUCCGAGAAAAAUAUGUUGCUUUGUCAUUUUCAAAAACUGUUCCCUUACUGAACUGCUUGGCUGACCUUUGAAAAAAAAAAAUGUCAUAAACCAUAACAGAGAGAGAUGAGUGAAGGUCGUGAGCUUUACGGCCUCAUAAAGCGUGACAGAAGAGGAAAUGCACAGAUUUUUUCAUAAGUAAAGUUCACAGUUACUCAGAACAGUUGGCACCGACUCAGAAACCGACACUUGUAGUUUACUCAGUCUCUGCGGACUCAGCUGUACAGUAGGGAUGUCCUAAUCCAAUCCCUCGAUCGGCUCUGAGUACCAAUCUAUUUUUAUAACACCUGCAUCAGUCCCAAACUAAAAUAAACCCCCAACAGCUGUCGGAGUCUUAUGCUGCAGCCCAAUGAAACGAGCAGCUGCAAUUUGCAAACCCAGUUUUUAAAGUUUUAUUUUAGUGCGAAAGGCUUGUGGGAAAAAAAACCCUUGUUCUAUACUUUGGGUGACAGAAAAAUGUCUUGCCUGGCCACCCCAUUGAUACACCGCUCAGGCAUGUGUAAGAGAUACUACAGAGCAAUCGUCUUUAAUCAAGACAUAAAUGUAAAACCCAAUAACUAAUAAAUAUGAAUAUAAAAUUAUAAAGAAAUUAUAGCCGUUUGUCUGAAGCUAAUCUGUUCACUUCAAAAACCCCUUGUUCUAUACUUUAAACAUUACUUUGUUCAUCUAAAAAAAAUCAGGGUAUUCUGUAACAAUUAAGUAUUUUUCACUCUAUCUUAACUUAUGCCAUGAAAGAGAGACUGUAAUGUUUGUUGGGGUUUCCUUUGUGUUUCAGUCAUGACCCGCCCCGUCCUCAGGAGAGAGAGCAGCACAAAAAGCAGCUGAAACACCAGUUAUUAAAUUUUUUGACAUUAAAAAAAUAGGUUUAUAAAGCAGGAGAACUGUUUCUCAAAGUUUUGGCUGUAGAUAUUUAACCAGAAAAGCAUUGAAAUAUGUUACUAGACAAAUCAUAUCAAGCAUGCUAGCGUUAGCCUUGCUCUUGAGCUAAUUGCUCCACAGGGCAGCACCGUCAGCACGAGCAAGAUGCAUUUGAGUCGGAUACGUUUCUUAGUAACAAAUGAUAAAUAUUUACACAUAUUAGGUGAUUCUUUGUCAGAUGAUUUUAGUAGCCCUUCGGAACCAAGCUAAGCUCGCCGGAGCAGCAUAUUGAGACUGGGAUAGUAUUUCAGUCGCUGUGAGUUAAAACCGAUUCACUGUCAAUUUUUAAAUGACUCAUCAGUUUCUGGGACAAAAGAUCCAUAUCGAGACAUCCCUCUUGCAUCGUUUGGGUAUUUCUUUCAUUUCACUGGACAGAUUUCAAGCAAUUCCGUAUAAGAAUAAAACUCUUUCCAGGCCAGAACCAUCUAAUAUCCAGUGCAGCCCUUCGCGUUCCUCCAUCUUGACCUCAGAAAUCUGCAUUAAUGAAAACAGAGGACACACACUGUAAGUGAUUUCUGUACUUUUAUGCUCAAGGGUUUACACAGAUUUUAAAGACACUCCAUUUUAUCACAAAGCGGGUAAUGGAGAAUGUAUAAUGUGUUUGCAGUUUUGACCUUUAAUUUGAGUUUGUGUGUCUGCUUGCAGGGUGUCCUCUAUAGAAGGGCUCUUGAAACCAAAAAGUGUGACCAGCUGUGAUGUAUUUGCUUGUAUUUAUUUGCUUUUAAGAUUCACAUCAUUCUUUUAUAUUUUGUACAUUUCUCUAAAUCUGCAGUAGUAUGUUUCUAUGCAGACUGCUGUGAAAUUGUCCACACAUUUUUGACUUGUUGCACUGCCAGAGAUCACUCAUGUUGCUUUCUCUUGAAUCUAUAUUUUAGUAGAACGGAAACACAGCUCACAUUGAAACGAAAUGAUUGCACUUUGAAACACACAGCUUCGUCUACAGGCUGCCAUUUUAUACAGUUGCCAUUAUGUACAGUUUCCGAGCUGAUGGUUCACCUGUAAAAGACCAUAUUUACUGUGCUUUUUUCUGCGAUCAGUCUGCAUGUCGCAAUUAUGUCAUCUACUGUUUGAGAAAAUUUGGCAAACUGCUUUUUCUUUGUGUCAAAACAACGUAGAGCAAAAACACUGCAUUUUAACUGCUGUUUUUAAUGUGUAUGUUCAUAUUAGGGAAAAAGGUGAAUGUUGUAAAACAAGGGCAAACUUUUAUUUAUUUAUUUUUUUGUCUUUCCUGCUGAAAUGCCAAUUAAAACAUAGAGCAGGGUGCAGAGUACAGGAGCAGCCAGAGGGGGCAGCAUUGAGUUUGGGAUCUUCUUCUGUGAUUGAAUCCAAAUACAGCAUUUUUUUAACAUGA